ACAUUAUUACGUAUCAAAACGCGAUCGCGAAUCGAUAAUGAGAUUCAUUUACUAGUUUAUUUCUUUAACGAUACUUCUUUAGAUUCGUACAGUCUCUCGCCGAGCUCUUGCGUGAACUCUUGCUGUGAUUUAUCCAUUUCGUCUUCGAGUUGAAAGCAUUCGGAGUAAUCGUGCUGCGAAUUGAGAGGUUAAGUUUAAGCAAUGAAAGGCCGUGGCAUAUUGUCGAGUCAUUUAUUAUCGCCAGUGCAUGUAUUUCACGGGAUUUAUCCGAUCGAAUGCAUGCGAUGUAAAAUCUGUUAUGUUUUCGGACGAUCCGUCGCAUUUUUAACAGUCAUAUUCGCGAUCGCGUCGUAUUGAAGCAAUGGAGUGAAGUUGCCGAUUCUAUCCUCGAGCUUUUCAAUCAUUCGCGGAACGUCGGAGAUAAAGAAUCGAUUGCGAAUCGAGUGGCAUCGUGAUGCGUAAUUGUUUUUUUUUCCUCCAUACUGUUUUCAACCUGCGUAGCACAAAUUCCACAAAUUCGUACGUCGAUACGCGGUGAUUAACGAUAGAAGUGCCGUUUAAAAUAUCGUGCGAUCAUUGGAAUCUGAUAAUUACGUAUCGCGCGCGCAGUUAUAAUUUUGUUUUCGCGAGUGAGUGUUGUGAGUGAGUUCAACGAAAGAAUCUGAGAGGAGGAAGAGGCCUAGGAGAGGCAUCGGGCAAUGGCGGAGCAACCAUGAGAUCAACGUAGUUGGUGUAACAACUCCGCUGCUGCGCGUCGUACUGGUAAUGGCAAAAUUCCUUGAAACUCUUUUCCUCACGAUAUUCGUAAUAGUUCACAAAGAAUCUUAAGACCCUAUUGACAUGCUACGAGAUGGAGAGGUACCUGAAGGACGAGCCGAAGCUACAAUCGUACAAAAAACUCCCCACGGAAUUGGACACAGCGCCCUGGAACCUCUUCAGGGCACCAUCGAUCUCGUGGACGACGUCCACUGGAACGAACGCACAAUUCGACCCCCCAAUCAAAAUGGAGGUGACGACAUCGUCAGACGAAAGAGAUCCUCUCUGUCUGGACGAUAUUAAAUUCAGUCCUGGUGAUCAUAAUGACAGUGGACGCGAUAGGGAUCUCCUCGAUCGUCACCUCGAUUCUUUAUCGAUGUCCUCGGCGAGUUCGGCAUGUUCAGCACUGUCCUGGGACAGUUCACCUUCCCUCUCUUGCACAGCGCUCAUUCUUAAAAAAGAACCGAGUGAAGACCUUGAGGAAGAUGAGGAACAUGAGGAAAUCGAAGAGGAGGAGGACAGCGGGUGCGAAAGCGAAGGUCAGAUUCUGACGCCACCGUCGAGUCCCGGUUCGGGUCAAGGUCAUUCCAACUCCAGUCACUCGUCGAGUGGAAGUUCGAUGCUCGACGUGCACAACCUCAACCUUCACGGCACGGGCGGGAGGAGUGCUAUCGUCAGGGUUACCGCCGGAAACGCGCAGGGUGUUGCAAGACUGAUCUCCGUCACGGCGAACGGCUUCCCCGCGGUAGCCGGCACGCAACACGCGCACGCGGGUACAACUGCAACUACGACCACUGUGGCCAACAGGCACCAUGCGAGGAGCAACGAGCACAGUCCGCCCGACACGAAACGCAGGAUACACAAAUGCCAAUUCCCUGGGUGCAAGAAGGUGUACACCAAGAGCUCGCAUCUGAAGGCUCAUCAAAGGACGCACACGGGGGAGAAACCGUACAAGUGUAGUUGGGAGGGCUGCGAAUGGCGAUUCGCGCGUUCGGAUGAAUUGACGCGCCAUUACCGCAAGCACACCGGCGCAAAGCCGUUCAAGUGUCGGCAUUGCGACCGAUGCUUCUCCCGCAGCGACCAUCUAGCUCUCCACAUGAAGAGACACGUGUAAUCAAUCGUCUCCGCGAGCGGUCUUAGCCGCGCGUCACACUCCGCGGUUGGGACCGUCGAGACCUCUUCCUCGUAAAGAUCGCAAAGAUCUUCGACAUUUGCACGCGAUCUAACAUUUUCCGAGGUCACCUAGUAAUAUGCUGCAGGUAGAAAGCGAUCGAUUAUCGAACGCCUAAACUUGAUGAACAAACAUCAAGAGAGAGAUCUACGAAAGUAGCUGUAUUAGGUAUUCGAGAUUUGCCAGACUCCAUCAUUGACAAAAAGAAUGAAUUUUCGAGGAACACUUGAGGAGAUCGAUGAUCAGCGAAACACGCCGUUUGGAGACAAUCGAAGAUCGAGUUUAUGUCUAAAACAAUCCAUAAGAACAAUUCGAAAGAAGGCUUGACGAGCAGAUGGUGUAUUAUAAAGUAACACUUCAUCGGAGUCCAAAGAAUCACGUGUAUAACGUGUAUUUCCUCCAAGUGUUCUGAUGCGUAAAAUCAGGAGGGAAAAAAGUAAUUGACACUUGUCUUUAAGAGCCAAAGGGAUCGCACGAAACAAAUCAUCGACCCCGCUAAUUCGCGCGAAUUUGAGGAGACGGAAACAUCCAUGGUCAGCAGUGAUUCAGAAGAGAAAUUGCAGCCAAUGUAAUAUAGGGAGGGGACCUCCGAGGAAAUUGCCGAGCAAAGAAGUCGCCCGGGAAGUCUCGCACGAGAGACGUCAAUCACUGCCAAUUCGUUACAUUCUAAGAUCAGCGCUAUCGUCGAAGAUUUCAAGCUGCGACUUUAGCAACCGGAGGUCUUCGAGAAGCGAGAAGCUGACUGGAGAAAGCCUAAAGUUUUCAUCCUCAAUGGCGCGCGGCACGGACGGAUGCUCAUUUGAUAAAAGAAGGAGAGAAUUGUAAUGUUAAAUAAAAG